AUGGAGGCCAUCAAGAAGAAGAUGCAGAUGCUGAAGCUGGACAAGGAGAACGCCAUCGACCGCGCCGAGCAGGCUGAGGCCGACAAGAAGGCCGCCGAGGACAAGUGCAAGCAGGUGGAAGAGGAGCUGACGCACCUCCAGAAGAAACUGAAGGGGACAGAGGACGAGCUGGACAAGUACUCCGAGAACCUGAAGGACGCUCAGGAGAAGCUGGAGCUGACAGAGAAGAAAGCCUCCGACGCUGAAGGUGAUGUGGCAGCUCUCAACCGACGCAUCCAGCUGGUGGAGGAGGAGCUGGACAGGGCUCAGGAGCGCCUGGCCACAGCCCUGCAGAAGCUGGAGGAGGCAGAGAAGGCUGCUGAUGAGAGUGAGAGAGGCAUGAAGGUGAUAGAGAACCGGGCCAUGAAGGACGAAGAGAAGAUGGAGAUCCAAGAGAUGCAGCUCAAAGAGGCCAAGCACAUCGCCGAGGAGGCUGACCGCAAAUACGAGGAGGUAGCUCGUAAGCUGGUCAUCCUGGAGGGUGAGCUGGAGAGAGCGGAGGAGCGUGCCGAGGUGUCUGAACUAAAAUGUGGCGACCUGGAGGAAGAACUCAAGAAUGUCACAAACAAUCUGAAAUCACUCGAGGCAGCCUCAGAAAAGUAUUCUGAAAAGGAGGAUAAAUAUGAAGAAGAAAUUAAACUUGUGUCAGACAAGCUGAAAGAGGCUGAAACCCGUGCUGAGUUUGCAGAGAGAACGGUUGCAAAACUGGAAAAGACCAUUGAUGACCUGGAAGAGAAACUUGCCCAGGCCAAAGAAGAGAACGUGGGCUUACAUCAGACACUGGAUCAGACGCUAAAUGAACUUAACUGUAUAUGA